GUAACUUUAUAUCUACAUACACACGACAGACCCUUUACCUUUGCCUCUCAGACAAUCAUGUUCUCUGUCCCCUCCACUUCUUCCCUUUUUGGAGCCUCACUUCAUUCAAGAAUCUCCUUCACUCAUUCCACUCCCUCGCCGUCUUGCGUCAGAUUCAGACCACCGCGUGUCAUCGCAUCCGCCUCGACUAGCUCCAACUGCCUUUGCCCUCCCAAACCGACCGCUUCCUUUUACCAAGUUCUCGGAAUUCCAAUGGGGGCAACCCCUCACGAGAUCAAGGCGGCGUACCGCAGACUCACCAGGAUUUGCCACCCCGACGCGGCGGCGGAGGACCGGAAGGACUCGUCAGCCGACGAGUUUAUGAAGAUCCAUGCCGCAUACUCUACUCUUUCGGAUCCAGAGAAGCGUGCGGUCUAUGACCAGAAACUCUUCCACCUGUCGUUCGUUUCGUAUUCCGGAAUUUCGGCUUCUCCAGCAACAGCGACGGCGGGAUUUUCUGGUUAUCCUCGCCGGAAUUGGGAGACGGAUCAGUGUUGGUAGGAAGUUGAUUGAGCUAAUUGUAGACUACUGAACACAAGAAAAUGAUAUAUAUUUGUACAUAUUAAAGAGCAUAUUACUGUAUAAAUGAAUUGAGAACUAACAUACGUAAUCAGUAAACAUGUGUAUCUAUUUAGUAUAUGAUGAAAAUAGCAAGAGAAAAGCUUUUAUUUAUUUAUUUAUU